CGCGAAGCCCUCCAAGAUUUUUGCGGAUGUUGCUUGAAGCCGGACCCACAGAGCUCCGCGUGGGAGUGCGUGAUCGGCUCGCGAGCCCACAACACCACGCGCAAUGACGCGCGCCCUGCUCCGCGUGCUCACGGCUCUGCUCGCGUGCGCACUGGACAUGCAUCAGCUCAGGGUAACAGCAGUGAAGGAGAGUGACAGGCAUGGAUCUUCUCUGACCAUGUCACCGUCUGAUUUCCUCGACAAACUCAUGGGGAAGACGUCCGGUUACGAUGCCCGGAUCAGACCCAACUUUAAAGGUCCUCCAGUAAACGUCACCUGCAACAUUUUCAUCAACAGCUUCGGCUCGGUUACAGAGACCACCAUGGACUACAGAGUGAACAUUUUCCUGCGUCAGAAGUGGAACGACCCACGUCUCUCCUACAGCGAGUACCCAGACUCCUCGUUGGAUUUGGACCCGUCCAUGUUGGACUCCAUCUGGAAACCCGACCUGUUCUUCGCCAAUGAGAAAGGAGCCAAUUUCCACGACGUCACCACUGAGAACAAGCUCCUGAGGAUCUUCAAGGAUGGAACGGUUCUCUACAGCAUCAGGUUGACUUUAAUUCUGUCCUGUCCAAUGGAUCUGAAGAAUUUCCCCAUGGACGUUCAGACGUGCAUCAUGCAGCUGGAGAGCUUUGGCUACACGAUGAACGAUCUGAUCUUUGAGUGGUUGGAGACGGCGCCGGUGCAGGUCGCUGAGGGUCUGACGCUGCCUCAGUUCAUCAUCAGGGAGGAGAAAGACCUCGGCUACUGCACUAAACACUACAACACAGGGAAGUUCACCUGCAUCGAAGUGAAGUUCCAGUUGGAGAGGCAGAUGGGAUACUACCUGAUCCAGAUGUACAUCCCCAGUCUGCUGAUCGUCAUCCUGUCCUGGGUGUCCUUCUGGAUCAACAUGGACGCAGCGCCGGCUCGGGUCGCCCUCGGCAUCACCACCGUCCUCACCAUGACCACACAGAGCUCCGGCUCCAGAGCCUCGCUACCGAAGGUGUCGUAUGUGAAGGCUAUAGACAUCUGGAUGGCGGUGUGUUUGCUGUUUGUCUUCGCUGCAUUGUUGGAGUACGCUGGAGUGAAUUUUGUCUCCAGGCAGCAGAAGGAGUUUCUGCGACUCAAACGAAGACAGAGACGAAAUAUUAAGGAGGAGGAGCUAAGAGAGGGGCGGUUCCAUUUCUCUGGUUACGGCAUCACUACGUGCAUGAAGGACGGCAUGGCGGUGAAAAGUGACGCCGGCGUGCAGCAGACCUCGCUGGAGAACAAUAAGAGGAAGUUUGUGGACCGCGCGAAGAGGAUCGACACCAUCUCCAGAGCAGCGUUUCCUUUGGCCUUUCUCAUGUUUAACAUCUUCUACUGGAUCACGUACAAAAUAAUCCGACACGAAAACAAUGCCAAAGUGUAGCGGCUGGUGGAGACAGAGAGAGGGCGCUGUAGCAUCGCAGACUCGGGGAGAAACGGCAGCGGAGCGGCAGGUGCUGGUCGAUUUUAAUCAGGGAUAAAAAGCAUGUUCAGGAUUCAUGAAUGGUGAGAGAACACUCUGAUGGUGUUCCACAUGCAGAAGAUGCGAGGAGCAGGAGGAAAAGUCCAGCGAACGGUGAGGAAAGUCAGCUUUAAUUACAAGGUCUUCACAUCUAUAUUUGGUGAACAGAAUGGGAAAUACAGCCAUUUCCUCCAGUUUUAGAAGAUCAGAAGCAAAUGAACACAUGAUCAGUAAAAAUUCACAUGAUCCAAAUGAAUAAUGAGGGCUAGCGCUUUAGCUUUAUUACAACUCACUAUGUCUCCAAUACAACUCACUUUCUCUCAGCAGGACUGUAAUGACUCUGGUCUCCUGUGUAUAUCACUAGUGGAGGACGUGUGACCAUUUCAUCUGUCCAUCCUAGUGAAGGAGGUGUGACCAUUUCAUCUGUCCAUCCUAGUGGAGGAGGUGUGGCUAUUUCAUCUGUCCAUCCUAGUGAAGGAGGUGUGACCAUUUCAUCUGUCCAUCCUAGUGGAGGAGGUGUGACCAUUUCAUCUGUCCAUCCUAGUGGAGGAGGUGUGGCUAUUUCAUCUGUCCAUCCUAGUGGAGGAGGUGUGACCAUUUCAUCUGUCCAUCCUAGUGGAGGUGUGACCAUUUCAUCUGUCCAUCCUAGUGGAGAAGGUGUGACCAUUUCAUCUGUCCAUCCUAGUGGAGGAGGUGUGGCUAUAUCAUGUCCAUCCUAGUGGAGGAGGUGUGGCUAUAUCAUGUCCAUCCUAGUGGAGGAGGUGUGGCUAUAUCAUGUCCAUCCUAGUGGAGGAGGUGUGACCAUUUCAUCUGUCCAUCCUAGUGGAGGAGGUGUGACCAUUUCAUCUGUCCAUCCUAGUGGAGGAGGUGUGACCAUUUCAUCUGUCCAUCCUAGUGGAGAAGGUGUGACCAUUUCAUCUGUCCAUCCUAGUGGAGGAGGUGUGGCUAUAUCAUGUCCAUCCUAGUGGAGGAGGUGUGGCUAUAUCAUGUCCAUCCUAGUGGAGGUGUAACCAUUUCAUCUGUCCAUCCUAGUGGAGGAGGUGUGACCAUUUCAUCUGUCCAUCCUAGUGGAGGAGGUGUGACCAUUUCAUCUGUCCAUCCUAGUGGAGGUGUGACCAUUUCAUCUGUCCAUCCUAGUGAAGGAGGUGUGACCACUGUGUAUGAGUUACAGUAGAGAAGGUGUGGUCAAUGUAUGUCCGUUUCAUAGAAGGUGAAACUAUGUUUGGUUCCUGUGAAGGAGGUGUGGCCUUUUCAUCUGUCCAUCACAGUAACAGUAUGGCAUUAGAAGGUAUGGGAUUUAUUUUCCAUGCAGUGCAGUGGGGUAAUGUUAUUGUUGCAGGUGUGUGUGUGUGUGUGUGUGUGUGUGUGUACAUCUCAGAUUCAGAUUGACCUUACCAGAGCUUUACAGGUGAUUCUGUGAAGCUUCAUCAACAACAAGGUUCAGGACAAUGAGGGUUUUUAAAUCAGUGAUUUCACUCCUGAAUUAAUUUUCAUCUGAUUUAUUCUGGAUUAUAAAAGUUACAUUAUGAUUUAACACCUUUUAUUUUUUGUUCCUCGACUAGAGAUCCAAAGACACAUCACUGUCCCAUGACUUUUCUCUCAUUAACGGAUGAAUCUGUUCACCUCAUAUAGACGUGAAAACGUUUGAAAUUUAGAGACAAAUCAAAUCUGUCCAGUUUGUAGUGGGCAUCCAGGUUCCAGGUUCCAGACCAGAUCUGAAGUCAACACACUGCCAGAGUAUUUGUAUGAACUUCACUAUAUUCAGUCUUCUGUUUUUAUGAAAUGUAAUAUAAAGAGAUGAUUAUCCAGUUUUUCUAAAGUUGUCUUUGAGCUAAAGUUUGUAGAGAAUUUAGUCCCAGUUCCUCUUCGCUCACCAGGUCCUGCAGGGGUGGAGUUUAAACCGUUAGGCCUUAGACAUCAUCUUCAUUUCUCUCCUCACGCUCACUUUCUGAGCAUUUCUUCGACUGUUUGUGGUGACAGAUAUGAGUCGUGUUUGUACUCUGAACAACAUUCUGAAUAAAGUAGUAAGUGAGA